UUCAGUGAAGGUUCUGGUAGGGGGAAGGAGCAGAUCUAAAUUCCGUGACCGGAAGUGGAUUAUUCAGGAUCUAGCGAGAUGGCGGACGGUGAAGUGACAUUGUUAAUCCGCAGUCCCAGUUUGAAGCGAGAGGAGAAAGAGAUCUGCGUCCAACGAGGAUGUACUGUGUUGGAGCUCAAGGCACAACUGAGACGGGAGCUUCCUGGAGAGCUGAUGGAACAAGACCAGAGGCUGAUCUAUUCAGGAAAAUUACUCCCAGACCACUUGAAGCUAAACGAAGUGUUAUCUACAGAGUCAAGGCAUGUUCUCCACCUGGUUUGUUCAGCAAGAAACCCUCCCAAGAUACAGACACAAGUAAAAAAGCAGGGUUCAGAAAGUGUUGCCGGAACAUCCCACUCUGUGAGCCCCUCAGUUGAUGGAUUAAGACAAAGAAUUCUCCCCCAAAGUGUGUCUACUGCAGAAGUCAACAGUGGCAGGCAAGUGAACAUGAGCCCACAAGGAGCAUAUCCUGCCCAGUCACCCUAUUCCAUAUACAGCCCUCAGCAGAUCCUUUGGCUUCAGCAGAUAUAUGCCAGGCAGUACUAUAUGCAAUACUUUGCUGCGGCUGCUUCUGCUUCUCCAGCCUCCCAUGUUCAGCGAGUUCAAGAGAUACCAGUGGUAGCAGCUGCUGCCCCAGAUCAGUUGCCUCAAGCAUUUCCAGUGGAACCCCAGCCAGGCAAUCUAGAUCCUCAAGCCCCAGCAAACCCUGGAGCUAACCCAAAUCUGCAUAUGGAUGCUCGGGGCAGGCUGCUAGAGGAAGAGGAAGAUGUAAACAGGGACUGGCUACACUGGCUGUACACAGCUGCAAGAUUUUCAAUCUUCCUGAGUUUCCUGUAUUUCUACUCCACUCUGAGCCGCUUCUUGAUGGUGCUAGGAGCCAUGCUUCUCAUGUACUUGCACCAUGCUGGGCUGUUUCCAUUUAGAAGACCGACACCGGAAGUUCCACCACAGGUUGCGGCAAACCCUCCUCCACAAGCUGCGGCAAACCCUCCUCCACAAGCUGCGGCAAACCCUCCUCCACAAGCUGCGGCAAACCACCAGGACCAGAACAACAACUUACAGGAAGAAAACGAGCAAGUGGAUGAAGAAUUCUCAAAUCCAACUACAGCAGCUGCUGCUCUUCAAGCUCAGUCAUUCGUCACCACUGCAUGGAUAUUCUUCAAAACAUUUUUUGCAUCAUUGAUUCCAGAGGGCCCGCAAGCUGUGGCCUAGUGACGUCUGUUUAGGAUUAUUGUUAUGCCAAACAAAGACUUUUGACUGCACGGCGAAGAGUCUGAUUAUAGGGCAGAUGUAUUAGGACUUCAGAUAAAAAUGUUAAAUUUAAUUUCUUACAUAUGAAGCCUUUUAUACAUGUCCAUGAUGUAUAUACCAUAUACACAAUCUGAGCAGAUGCAUUCUGCUGUAGGUUGGCAUUUGAUUCCUUGUGGAAUGUUGGGCUAAUUACACUAAGUGUAGUGUUAUUGUUUACACUCUGUAAAAAUUCUAGCAUUUUGAACACACUUAUUUUGACUGUUAUCCGCAGCAGUGCAGAUAUUACUGUAAUCAGUAUACUGCUCUGUAUUUGUCUUCCUUGUGCCCAUACUUCAUGAGCAGAAGCUUGCACUUUAGAUCAUUUCAUUACAUUCUCAUGCCUUAUGUUUUUGUCUUGUCUGUAAUUGCUCUUAUUCCUAACUAUGUAUAUUUGUCAGUAAUUUAUACAGGCUUUACUACCUUUUCAGCAGGGUAACCAAGGCCUGUUUUUUCUUUCAUCUGAGGACGUUUAAAAUGUGUUCAAUUAAAAGGAAAAAAGCUCCUGUGCUUAAUAUCAGCAAGUUCUUUCCCAAUAAAUGUGCAAAACGUGGGCUUUCCUAAUGAUCUCCAUAUUCAAGAUAAAAAGCUUUAACAUAACUUUUGCACAGUGCCUCAGUGUUAUGCAGAGGGCUUACAUUUGGUUGUAUUUUUUCACUAUUUCACACAACCUGAAGUGAGCUUCUAUUUUUUGUCACUCCUUUCUCCUUACGGUUUCAUUAAUUAAUGAAGAUAAAAUAAGACUUGUACAAAAGUUGAAUUGUAAUUGAAAUAAACUUUGUAUGGACAAUAGAAA